AUGACACAAGCUCUUUCACUCGACAAUCUACUCGCAGAUUUUGAAGCUGAGAACUUUGAGAAGGAGCCACUAUCAUCUGUCCCUCCAACGCUACGUGGCUAUAAUAUGAUCUGGAAACUCUGGGAGGACUAUCUUGCACGACUUAAUGAUGUUAAUGUGAAACCAACUCUAAGAGUUCUUAAAGGGUUUUUUACUAUGCUUGCAAAGGAACGGUCAGGCUUGUUAGGCAAGCGUCUUUCUAUAAAGACACUGAUUCAAUAUACAAUUCGGUUCAAAUCAGUAUAUGAACGAAAGCAUAAUGAAGAGCUUGAAUCAAUGCAAGAGCUCCGCACUUUCAUAAAGACUAGUCUAGCAAAAAGCCUGGGUUUGAGUACAAAAACCCGCCCGAAGCCUAUCGCUAGUCUCAACGAUUUACAAGACAUACUCGGAUAUCUUUGGAUGAACGAUCCUCUCAACUUCCUAUACGAACGUGCUAGAGUUCAGAUCGCUCUAUUGAUCUUGAUACUUGUAUACACAGCAUCACGCCCCGGUGCUGUUAUCGAGUCACAUGCUUAUUAUAUGACUGGACAGUCUAUGCGAUAUAAGGAUAUAAAAUUUACUCUACAGCAAAGUCCGGACGGCGGUCGCCCAUUGAUGAGCAUUUUGUUCACAUUCAACCUCAGGAAAAAUGAGCGGGAUGAUGAAGGAGAGGUUUAUAAGCAACAGUUAUUUGAGGAUCUGGCAUCUAGAGAUAUGUGUCCAAUCACACUGUUUCUUGCUCUGGCUUUUGCCGAUGAUGCGUUUGAAACAGUAAAGAAUAUUGAGGAAUUAUAUGAUCCGAGUAUAUGUUCUGCAAAGUACAUCGAUGUAAAAUUUAAGGAAAGUGUUUUGAACAAACCUCUUUUCCGGAGUAACCGAUCGAUGGAGCCAACUCUGGACGCUGAGUCGUUGACUUACCAAGCGUUCAAUCACUCACUGAGGAAAGUCGCACAACGUGCAGGCUUCAAGGAUAUCUUUACAUCUUAUGUGAUAAGACGUACUUCAGCUAACGUUUUGAAUCAGCAUGUCACAUCGGCGGAAAGAGGCAAAAUACUCGGACAUUCGAAUGACAAAGUUUUCCAAAAUAGCUAUCUAGCGUCUCAUUCCGGUAUCGAUUUACAAAGUCUAACCGUUGGGCAAGACCAACGUACACAACAAAUCAACUUUGCUCGUAGCCUCAACUCAAAUCGUGGUACACCAUUGGGUCUAAUAACCAAGGAAUUCGUUGAGAUCGUUGCCAAGGACCCUGAAAUAACUGCUGCGAAGAAGCGGAUCGAAGACGCACGAAUAGAGGGCUGUGAAAUGAAGAUUAAAAAUGAAGUCAAAAGACUAUGCAACACGCGAAGGGAAGUGGUCAAAAAACAUGCACCGGAAAUGCAUUUUGAACAGAUAAUGGGGACGAGAUUUAUGCCAACGUUGAGGACGAGCAUAAUUGGUAUGCUUUAUGGUAAGGAAGAUGAUUUGCCCCACAGAUCAGACUUGGUAAGAAGUCUACAAGAACUGUGUCAAAGUAUGGGAAAGGACGUAUCAAAUUAUCGCUGCCAAAAUCCGAGUUGCAGACGCUCUUCUGUCCCAUUUCGAUGUCAAUGGGAGCUUUUCCGUCAUAAUGAGAAGGGAUGUCAAAGGUCAAGCAUGCCAAACGAUCUUAAGUUCAGUAUGACUGCGGCUUCGUCACCAACACUGGAUUUCCAGAACUUUCUUUUCCAAGAUCCUUUGUUCAAUGUUGCUGGGAUUAGCAAUAUGUCACCAAACCUGGACUUUCAGGAAUUUCUUCUUCCGGAUCCUGUUACUGGGGACUUUCUAUCAAUGGUAGAUUUUCCCGAUGUUCUUCUUCUCGAAGAUCCUCCAAACACAACUGAGAAGUUUUCAUCUAAUACAGAGAAUAACCUUUCAUCUAUUACAAAGAAAAGUUCUUCUACGACUUCCCUAUUGUGCCCACAGACUACUUGUCCCCGUCACAUCAAGCCACUUGCAUCCAAACGGACUUUGAAGGCUCAUAUGAGCACUCAUACUCGUAUCAAUCGAGAUCAUCUCCUGUGUGCUCGGCACGAUUGCAGAUGGCAUCGCAAUAUUUGUCCAUUUAAAACUCAAACAGGAUUCGAUGCACAUAUGAAGUAUCAUGAGAAAGAAGAUCGGAAAUCUGUGGAAGAAAGUCCGGCAGAGAUUUUGAGUGUAUGCGAUGAUGAGAUCAUGGGAAGCGUUUGA